UCGUGGUACCGUAGACUGCGAUCCCAUUCCUCUCGCGCCCGGUGCAAACAAACGCGCUGAAGAUCACCGGUGCUGUAAGCACGGAAUUCGCUCCAUAGGAUAAGAACGGUGACCCCUUAAAGAUGAGUUGCAAUUGCCCGCUGACACCUUCGACCGGGCCUACGCUUGCAUCGACAUGCGGUGGUCCAUCCUUUAUGCUAUUUAUGGGUCUUCUCGAGGUGUUCCUACGCAGCCAGUGCGACCUUGAAGAUCCUUGCAACAGGCCUAUACCGCCGAACUCCGUCAACUCCAGGUACGACUUCGUUGUAAUAGGUGGUGGCAGCGCCGGUGCAACAGUCGCUGCUAGAUUAUCGGAGGAAUCACGAUUUUCUGUGUUAUUACUGGAGGCUGGACUAGACGAACCGACUGGAACGCAAAUACCAUCGUUUUUCUUCAAUUUCAUCGGAUCUAAUAUUGAUUGGCAGUAUUCCACGGAGAGCGAGGAUGGUGCAUGCCUGAAUCAAAAUGACAAAAAAUGCUAUUGGCCAAGAGGGAAAGUACUAGGAGGCACCAGCGUCAUGAAUGGAAUGACAUACAUGAGAGGUUCGCGAAAGGAUUACGAUGACUGGGCCAGGCUUGGCAACGUAGGAUGGUCUUAUCAAGAUGUCCUUCCAUAUUUCAUCAGGAGCGAAGAUAAUCUUCAGGCGAACACUAUGGAUUAUGGUUAUCACGGCGUCGGUGGACCUCUUACGGUUACGCAGUUCCCUUAUCAUCCACCAUUGAGCUACGCUCUCCUCGAGGCUGGAAAGGAACUAGGAUACGGGAACGUAGAUCUGAAUGGACGAACUCAUACCGGAUUCGCAAUUGCUCAAACAACCUCUAGAAACGGUUCCCGGCUUUCGACUGCUCGAGCGUUCCUUCGGCCGGCUAGAAAUCGGCCAAAUUUGCAUAUAAUGCUCAACUCCACGGCAACCAAAAUCCUAUUCGACAACAACAAAAGAGCGGUCGGCGUGGAAUUCGUUCACGACGACAAAUUCCAUCGCGUAUCGGUGGCCAAAGAAGUCAUCAUAAGCGGAGGUGCCGUAAACUCGCCACAAAUACUUCUGAAUAGCGGUAUCGGACCUCGCGAGGAGUUGAACGCAGUAGGAGUUCCGGUUGUUCAUGAUCUGCCUGGUGUCGGCAAAAAUCUUCACAAUCAUGUCGCCUACACGUUAGCCUUCACUAUCAACGACACCGACACCACUCCCCUCAACUGGGCCACUGCGAUGGAGUACCUGCUCUUCAGAGAUGGCCUGAUGUCCGGCACAGGUAUAUCGGAAGUGACCGCCAUGAUAAACACGAAGUACGCGAAUCCAAAGGAGGACCAUCCGGAUAUACAACUAAUUUUCGGUGGUUAUUUGGCGGAUUGUGCUGAAACUGGCAUGGUCGGCGAGUCAAAGGGUGCAAACCGCACUAUCUACAUUAUUCCGACGUAUCUGCACCCGAAAAGUCGUGGUUACCUCCGUUUGCGGAACAACGAUCCUCUCUCGAAGCCAAUGAUUUAUCCGAAAUACCUAAACCAUCCCGACGAUGUGGCCGGCCUUGUUGAAGGUAUCAAAUUCAGCAUUAGAUUGGCCGAGACCGGAGCUCUCAGCAGAUACGGAUUCCAGUUGGAUCGCACGCCGGUAAAGAAUUGCGAGCACUUGAAAUUCGGUUGCGACGCUUACUGGGAAUGCGCUGUGAAACACGAUACAGCUCCAGAAAAUCAUCAAGCAGGUUCCUGCAAGAUGGGGCCUCCGGAUGAUCCUUUGGCUGUAGUAGACAAUCAGUUGAGAGUCAGAGGCGUCAGAGGUGUCAGAGUGGCUGACACCAGCAUCAUGCCAAAGGUCGUUUCCGGUAACACGAAUGCGCCUGCCAUCAUGAUCGGUGAACGGGCUGCUGAUUUUGUCAAGAGAACCUGGGUAGGAUGAAUAAUACAACUUUUCAAUGAAGAGAGACGCAUUUGGAGUGGAAACGCUAUUGGCAACGGGAAGAAGUUGAUAUGUAAUGUUGAUAAUGUGAAACGACAAUCAAGUAUUUAGCUUCGAUGUAACGAUGCGCGACGAUGUUUCUUGACUACCGCAUUUCUUGCGACAAGUAUAUGUUAGGGAAACCGGAAAUUAAUUUUUAGUCGCGCUGUAACGUCGUAUAGUGUUUUAAGAACACGCAAAACUCAUUGAAAAUUGGACCAAGUAAUUUCUAUAAAAUCUCUUCAGUUUCUUUCUGUCCUCCGCGAACUUCAAGAUUUGUUCGAACAUGACAACGAAGCUUCAACCAUUAGCCCUUUUUUUAGAAAAGGGUACGACUUACUGUAAAUAGUUCGAAAAUAGUAUCAAGUAUUACCGAUAGAUAGAAUUUACACUAUUAUUUGUAUAUCUUAAUGGAGACGCAAUCUUCUAUAUCUGCGAUUCUUUCGAAGAUAAUCCGUUCCUCGAUCUUUACAACAAUCACUAUUAAUGUUUCUAAAUAAGUGUAAUAACUUGUAGGGAUUAAAUUUUAGGAAUUCGUAUAGAAUAUCCGAAAUAGCCUUGAUAAAAGUACGUACUAGUACUAGUAUAAGCGACGUACAAUGGAACCUUGUUCAUUCGAUAAUCGAUCAACAGAUUGAUUACCUGAAAACUCGGAUAUCCUAACAUCGUCAAUUUCCCUUUAAUUAGAAAAAUACAUAUUCGUAUAAACGAUUUACCUGUGUUUGUUCUUCCUGUAAAGAUGAUUUUUAAUAGUGCCUAUAAUAUUUCCGAAAAAAAUCACAUUAUUUUUUUAUUACGAACAGAAGCGUAAUAAAUUAAAUCUCGGCGAAAGAGUCUCCAAAAUUAACAUGAAAUUGCUCAAGCAUUGCUGAAAUUAAGAAAAUAAUGUGUCUAAAUUAAUGUCUAAAGAUUAUGAAAACUGAUAAGAAAUGUUUAAGUAUAGACUUUUUUACGAUUUUGGAAGUUCUUAAAAAUCUAAGGUUUUUCAAAUCCAUUUUCUCUUAUGUUCCCUAUUUUUUUUAAUAAAAUGAACUUACUACGCAAAUGUUUCUACUUAAUCUUAAAUAAUUGAAAUUAUAGAUCCAGACAUUUUUUUAGAAAUUAUCAUGUUAUAUGUUCCCACGCGAGACUUUUACUGCGUGUUGGUUGUAAUAAAUUGGCAGUAAUAUUCUAAUAAUAGUAAUAAUAUUAUAUUUGUGACA